AUGACUUUUGGUGAAAAAAAUCCAAACAAGAUAAACAAAACCAUCUUACUUGUUGGUGAAACAGGAACAGGAAAAUCUACUCUUAUCAACGCUCUGGUCAACUACGCCAUGGGAGUGGAGUGGGAGGAUGAUGUCUGGUUUCAGAUCGUAGAAGAAGAGAAGAGAAGUCAAUCAGAAAGUCAGACAUCAGAGGUGAUCGUGUACCAGAUCUUUGGGUUUGAAGAUAAAACUCUGCCCUACUCUCUGACCAUCAUUGAUACUCCUGGAUACGGAGACACCAGAGGGAUCCAACAUGAUGACAUCAUCAGUCAAAGAUUAAUAGACUUGUUCCUCUCAGAGGAUGGAGUUCAUGAGAUUAAUGCGGUGGGUCUGGUGAUGAGAGCGAGUGUGAAUCGACUGAGUGACCGACUGAGGUACAUCUUAGAUUCAGUGGUGUCUCUGUUUGGAAAAGACAUAGAGAAGAACAUUGUCGCCCUCAUCACACACUCAGAUGAAAGAACACCUAAAAAUGCUCUACAAGCUCUCGAAGCUGCGAAUAUUAAAUGUGCCAGAAAUGAGAAGUAUCAACCUGUUCACUUCCUGUUUGAUAACUGCCAGGAUGAAGACAGGAUAGAGGAUGCAGAAGACCUCAAACAUGCAGAUGAAAUAACAACAGAAGGAAUGAAUCAGUUCACAAACUUUCUGGUAGAAACUGUACCUCAGAGUUUGGAGACAACUGUGGGGGUUCUGGAGGAACAAAUUAAACUGACAGCCUGCAUCCAAAACAUGCAACACAGAAUUGAGUUGAUUGACCUUAAACAGACUGAAAUCCAGCUGACUCAGGGAGCUCUGAAGAAACAUGAAGAAGAGAUGAAGAACAAUGACAAGUUCAAUAUAGAAGUUGAUGAGGUUUACAAAAAUAAAGAACCUAUCGAUGGUGGGAGGUGGGGGUUGGUGUUCUAUGAAGGAGCAACCUGCUGUACUGUCUGUGAAGAGACCUGUCACUAUCCUGGAUGCACACUGGCCUGGGAUCCAAAACACUGUGAGGUCAUGAAAGAUGGCCGCUGCACUUCAUGUACUGGGAAGUGUCCUGCAUCAGAUCAUGUGAAAGAAAAGUGGAAGUAUGUGACCAAGACAAGAAAAGUUGAAAAGACCCUGACAGAUGUGAAGAAGAAGUAUGAAAAAAAUAAGGCAGGAGGUGAGAGCAAGUUGAGCCUUUUGGAAACUCUUGAGAAAAACUUGGAAGGACUUCAGAAAGACAAAGAUCGGUUCCUGGAGGAGUCCUUUCAGCAUGUUGUCAAACUGGAGCAGAUCGCCCUGAAGAUUGAUGCAGUGCCCACUCAUGACCACUUGGACUUCUUGAUUGAGAAGAUGAAGGAGAAAGGAGAUGCAGAGAAGGAGAGGAAACUGGAAGAGAUAAAAAGUGGAAUGGAUGAAGAUGAAGGAAUCAAAGCAGCGCUGCACGACAGGUUUAGUAAACUAACAGCAGCUGGUAAAGCAAAGAAGUAG